CCGGACUGGGUGUAUUACACUGUAGACGCGCAUCCACGCAGCCGGGCAGCGGGGGCGACUGGACGGGACAAUGUGACGGGACGGGAGGGACUGGCACACAGCCUUUAACCGUGCGGGGGCGGGUUAACCAUUAACCAUCAUUAACCACUGAGGCGGCUGUGCGGGGCCGGUACCGUACAUAAGCCGUGCGCACCGGCGUCCACGCCUCAGCCAGAGCGCAUUGCCAGAAGGCGGAGGAUAGCAACCAUCCAGCCACACGGAGCUCUUCACUACUAUUGAUCCUCUCUGGACCUCCGAAAUAAAAAGGUGACUGUGCGCUUCAGUUGGAAAGGUACUUUUCCCGCAGUCCUGUAACUCAAUCCGCGCACUGCAGACCUUUAAAUAUCUCCUCUGAAAAAAACUCCCAGCAGCCACGUGGUGUAAGGUGAGACUUUCCCAUCCCGGUACACCAGCCAGUCUGACAUUAUCAGUGGAGUGAGAGCAUGACCGGUCUGUGCCGGGGAUAGCAAUCUGCGCGCUUCAAACUCUUCAUUUUUCUCUUUAUAAUAACAUUUAGAGGACUAUUUCCAAGUGACUGACAUUUUCCUGAAGGGGAUUGCUUUGGUGAGUCCCCCAGAGCUUCUAUCAAUACAACAUUUUCUUUUUCCUCUACUUCAAACCAGUAUGCUUUCUUCUGUUUUUCACCUGCUUACCGUGAGCACCGUGCAGUGAAUGGAGAACAUACUGGUUCUGCUCCCGAAGCACCGACAGGAACACGGACUCUGCAGACGUACGGCUAGAUGCGCCCUGCUGCAGGUUUCUUCCCACAGAGCAGCUGUGUUCACUCGGUCUUUAAUAGUGACCACCGCUCCCUUUAACUUUCUUUAAUGGGAUAAAUCAGUUGGACUGACCAGGUGCAAAACCAGAUCAGGUGGUCACAUCCAUUCUGACUUCCCCAAAACUGUUAGGCUGAGGCAACCUGACAUUUUCUCGUCGAGCCCGCUGUCUUCCCAAGGCCUCCGCAUGGUACUUUGGUCGAAAGAGCAAGACAAACUCCCCAACAUCGACAUGUCCUCCGGGGCGAUUGAGAUGAAGAAGGAGGGAGGCUCCCUGCCUUCCCCGACCUUCAUCAACUCCAACGGCUCCGUCCAUCCGGUGAUCCUCACCGAAGGCCUCGAGGAGGCGAGACCGGAGGCCGGGGGCGAGUACGAGCUCACGGAGGUCACCUCCUUCACAGACAGGACCAACGAGCCCGGGGAGGAAGAGGAGCGCCCGGAGAUCGUGGCGGUGAUUGACUGCCGGGCCAACGCCAAAGGACAGCGGGAGGAGGAUGCGCUCCUGGAAAACGCCAGCCAGAGCAACGAGAGCGACGACACCAGCACUGACCAGAGCCCCGAGCCGCCGGCGCCCCUCAAGGAGACCUCCUUCUCCAUCGGCCUGCAGGUGGUCUUCCCCUUCCUGCUGGCCGGGUUCGGGACAGUAGCGGCAGGCAUGGUGCUGGACAUUGUCCAGCACUGGACGGUGUUCACGGAGGUGACAGAGGUUUUCAUCCUGGUUCCAGCUCUCCUCGGGCUCAAAGGCAACCUGGAGAUGACACUAGCCUCCAGACUCUCCACAGCGGCCAAUAUUGGUCAGAUGGACACAGCCAAGGACAUGUGGAAGAUGAUCAUGGGGAACCUGGCCCUCAUCCAGGUCCAGGCCACAGUGGUGGGCUUCCUGGCCUCCAUCGCUGCUGUGAUCUUCGGCUGGAUCCCCGAGGGCCACUUCAGGCUGGGCCAUGCUGUGCUGCUGUGUGCCUCCAGUGUGGCCACUGCCUUCAUAGCCUCUCUGCUGCUAGGGCUCAUCAUGAUCGGGGUCAUCGUGGCGUCCAGGAAGGUGGGCAUCAACCCCGAUAACGUGGCCACUCCCAUCGCCGCCAGCCUGGGAGACCUGAUCACCCUGUCUCUGCUGGCAGGCAUCUCAACAGGACUGUACAAGGAACUAGAGUACAACAACUACGCCAACCCGCUGGUGUGUGCAGUGUUUGUGGCCAUGUGCCCCCUAUGGGUGCUGAUAGCAAGGAAGAUCCCAUCGACCAGGGAGGUCCUUUACUCAGGCUGGGAGCCGGUCAUCAUCGCCAUGGCCAUUAGCAGCGUCGGCGGUCUGAUCCUCGACAAGACUGUCACCAACCCUAACUUUGCCGGCAUGGCUGUCUUUACUCCAGUCAUCAAUGGUGUGGGCGGUAACCUAGUUGCAGUUCAGGCCAGCAGGAUCUCCACCUACCUGCACAUGAACGGUCUUCCCAUGGGGGAUCCAAACCCAACGCCUAGGAAGUGUCCCACACCCUGCACCUCCUUCUUCGGUUCCACUGUGAACUCUCGUUCGGCCCGUGUGCUCUUCCUCCUGGUCGCCCCGGGUCACCUCGUCUUCCUCUACACCAUCAACUCCAUGAGGGGGGGGCACACCACCCUGACGCCCAUCUUCAUCGCCUUUUACCUGGCUGCUGCACUACUACAGGUGAUGAUCCUGCUCUACCUGGCAGACUGGAUGGUCCACUGGAUGUGGGGACGCGGGAUGGACCCUGACAACUUCUCCAUACCGUACCUGACGGCCCUGGGUGACCUGCUGGGGACCGGCUUCCUGGCCCUCUGCUUCCACAUGCGCUGGUUGAUUGGGGACAGAGACACCAAUGUGGGCGACUGAACGCACUCGACACACAAGCACACACGCACACACACAGACACACUCAAACACACAGGCAAAAAUAAACACCCUGGCACGCACACACAUUGACAAACCUCUUCUGUACGCCUGAACGUGAUCUGAAACUGGACAACAUGUACAAGGGCUAAUCUCAAACGAUACACCACACCUCGUCCCGUCCCGUGUAAGGCUCCAAUCAACGGUAGCGCUGUCCUAGGGCAGUAAUGUUUCAUCUUCGGGACGCCAGGACACUGAAACACUGCGACAGCAUCUCAGUAUCCGGGUAACAUCUGUGUUUGAACCCGGGAGCAAUCUGAAUGAACAUAUCGCCACCUCAACCACUGAACCGGCACACAAAAAGCCCCCUCCCCAGCUCCACGGACUACACUGCUCCUUCUUUAUUUUACUAAAUAACAGAGUCCUACUACUUUUGUUAUUAUUAUAUUAUUAUUUUGACAAUGAUUAUUAUUGUUGGUAAGUAAUGCAUUUGAUAUGAAUUGAUAUCUGUUCUAUCUGCUGGGCCGAUCCUCAUUAUUUUCAAUGGGGACGUUAAGCCCGACCAUUUUUAAAGAUCAACUUUUAACACUUGAAACCAAGACAAAUAGAAACACAGACAGCAAAAAAAAAAAAAAAAAAAAAAAAAAAAACAUACACAGAGAAGCCUAGAACGCUUAAUCACCAAGUGCUAUAUUAUGUAUAGAGAAGCGAAUGAAAAUUAUAUGAAAUGUGAAUCUAAUAUAUGUGCUUUAGUUGAGUGCAUAGGGCUAUGGCAGAGCUGUUUUUUCUCUCUCUCUGUCUCUCUUGGGCCUUGUGACUGUAGGAACAGGGGCUUUGCUGUACAACAAGGGUCCGGACCAGAAACGUAACAACUUUAAUCCCUUUCGGCAACAUCUCUAUCACCGGAUGGCUUAACUUUAGUCGGGACAGGGGCAGGCAAUUGAGAAUGUAACUUCCACUCUCACUGUUUCACAAUCCCCAGCCUCUGAAGUGCGAAGCUGCCCUCAAGCGUCCACCAGAUCCGGGUUCAGACCUCGGUUCACUUCCUUCUAACGUUAACCACAGCAGAAAUGGAUGUAGCACCUGUCCCCGUGAUGGCCUCAGCAGUUCGAAAAGUCACACACAACAGGGGCCAUCAAAUCUAAAAAUUGCAAUUAAUGAGGAUUUUGCAGAGUUUCACACCCAAGAGUCUCUCUGCUUUCCACCCUCGAAUCUCCUGUUGAGUCUGCAGAGGUUAGACAUGCACUACUUCCUUGCAGUUUUUUUUUUUUUUUUUUUUUUUUUUUUUUGCCUACAUCCUCUAAGUGCUGCGGUUAUGAAACGUGCAAAGUCAGACUGUGUUUCUUCCUUGUUUACUCAGUGAGCAAACACAAACACACAGAGACAGUGGAAAAUGGUAUGUGUUUGUUCGGCUGGAUAAAGUGCUGGUUGGGUACACGCACACACACACACACUCACGCUCCCUCUCUCACAUACGUACGCACACCUCGCUGUUUGUUGAGUUCACCAGGGUUUGCAUGUCCAAGCCAAAAGGUUAGAGGGGUCGUAUUGUGCCACGAGCUAUUCCAGGUGAGAAUAGUGCUAGUCCCCUAGUAGAAACCAUCCACUGGAACAGGCAGGCUGUUGUGUUGCCCAACCCAGGCUUACAGUAAGUGACAAGAAGGUCGACACUCAGCUGUGUACUGGAACAAGCCUGCAGAGAUCAGCUAACUGACUGGCAUUGCAAUCAGGACACUCUGCACUGGCACACACGGUUCAGACUGCAGAAGUGUGUAAAGUUGCCUUACUCAGGAUGUGCACUCCAGGGUUCGACUGACACAGGUUUUCAGAGUCUAAUACUGAUACUGAUAUCUCUGAGCAAUAUAAUUCAAUAUUCAAAAUCUGUCUGGCAUUGGCAUCUGGCAACUUAUGCUCGCUGGUCACCUUACCCAAUACGUGAUGUGGGAAUUGUUGCCAAAAUCAUCUCUUAGUGUCUGGUAGAUAGCUCUGCCUAGUAUGUGCUAACACUUUAGCAAAACAAAAUCUCACUCAGAGUUUUUUAGGACCUGCAGGCACCACAAAUCAGCCACGGACGCCAACUCAUUUGAUGAUGCAGGCAUGUACAGGGAUUUGAUUUACUCACCAACAGUCCAAAACCUUAAGCUGUCUGGCCAACUGUGCCCACUGCUUGUGAAACAAGUUACACACAAACUUUUCCGCUGAAAGAACAUUUUUAGUUAAAUUUUUUAAAUGUUUUACAAAUCCCCCCAAACAACCCUGGCAGGUUUAGACACACGUCGUCCAGACUCCGGGCUGCUACAAAUUCUCAUUUUCAGGAUAAAGCUAAUCAGCUACGAUUACUUAACACGCUAAAGCGUUAAUAUGCGAAUGGAGCUAAUUACUGAAAUCACAGAGCUGAUGUAGCUGCCAGCUCUUUUGCCACAUAUUAGGUAAGGUGACUAGUGAGCUAAAUUCCCGAAAGGUUGGUAGUGAUACUGUUGAGUAAAAUCCUGCCAUGCCACAAUGGAAUGAGUUCUCUGGCAGUACAAAAAUUAUAAUUAAUAAUAAAAUAACAAAAUUAAAAAAAAAAAAAACAUGUUAAUUCACUGCGAUCAGAGAGAAAGCUCCUUUAAAUCAAAGUUGGACAACACUGACUGCCAAUAAGUAAUCAGAGUUCAAUAUCAUCCUGAUGCUGUGUAUCAGUCCAACCCUCGAGCACACACACACACACACACACACACACACACACACACACACACACACACACACACAUAAACUGUGUCUGCCAGCAGACUUGUGCUUUGAUGGCCUCCAGCUAAGUCUCUCUGUAAGGUCAUAAGGUGAGAAUGGAGAGGAAAGUCAUGAAGAAUAAAAAGAGUAAAAGCACACGGCUCUUUUGACAGACUGUACCGAGUACAGAUGUCGGCCCAGAGGCGAAGCCCAGUGAUUGUGAGUGAAACCUGCAUGUGAUGUUGAUUUUUCCGGUGCUUGUCAGACUUUUGUUCUGUUUUGAAGGGGCCAGCAGAAUGCAUGUGCAGGGCACAUAGUAUGGAUAUGCAAAACUUGUUGAUUAUUUUAUCCUUUAAAAAAAUCUUAUGUUUAGGUCUCACCGAUGAAAAGUUAUGUCAAAUCUGUGAGAUUUUACAUUUAAAAUUGUGAUUUUUUUUUCUUAUACAUUCUUCCUUUCCCUAAUCCUUUUAACUUUAUGGUUUGUCCUUCAUGAUUAUUGUUUUGUGUCACGGACUUAAGCAAGCAACCACUGUAAGAUGAAGCAACUUUAAAGCGCUGGUCAUAUGCAGAGUACUGUAAUCUAUAAAAUGAGCACCAGGGGGUGCCACUGUGAUGCAGGAGUUCACUGUAUAACUUCUCUGUGCAUCUCUGUGACCUCUGGAUUCAAAACCACGUAUAUCCGCAUUGUUUUGUCUCUACAACCUGUGACUUUAUCCUGCUGUAAAGGUUUCAUCCCUAAAUCUGUUCACUCUCAGUCUCACUGCUAUCUUACUGACCAGGUGCCGGCGUUCUGCCUCUAAGUCAAUGGAAAGUUGUGAAUACUUCUGUGGGGGCAAGCAACACUUUGUCUAUUUAUUUUUAGAUGCACACAAAGCAAAUUGUACAUAGGAUAUUUAUUCUAUAAAUAAGGUUGUUUAUUUUAUCAUUUCAUUUUGGCUCAGUUUCUUUGUCACCAUGUAUUUUGUAAUUGUCACUUUUCUUUUCUCUCUCUCUUGCUAUUUUUUUUUUUUAACAGGCCAGUAGAGCUUUUGGGCGCAAGCCACAAUAGGUUGGUGGCGAGGCUAAUGAAUGGCAUGGUGCCUAAUACCAGUCUCAAAAAGAAGAAAAAAAAACAAAAACAGACAAAAAAAAACAUACCACACUUACACACCUCACACACUCACACACACACACACACACACACAAACACACACGCCCUGUCACAGGGAAACCAUACUCAGAAGACAUAGAAUGGCCUUAACCUAUCAGAGCCAGGCUCAACUCAGAGUAACCAAUCAGGAGCUACGCUCACCACAGAGUAGCAUCUCUAUAAUUAGCUUUGAUUAAUAAAAGAUGUACAGUAGAUUGAUUGUGAUGUUGUAAUGUUAAUAAUGACUUUAUAAGGUGCAGUUAUGGAGCAGAGGGGGCUGGUCGGGGAUCCCUGCAGUCACAACCUUCUGUUCAGAUGAAUUUGCUAAAAUGUCCCGUCAGCAGAGGGCUCUGACUGUGAUCCAUGGUUUGUGAAGGACUCAAAGGUUGAAAAUGUUCUGAUGACUGGAUGUGCGGGGUGUUCGAAAAGUCUGGAAUUAAGUUAACCACCAAUGUGAAAAAGAAGCUGAAUUGAAGCCACGCUUACAUUUUGAAGAACAUAAAUCCUGGAAAACAUGUGCAACAAGACAAAACACACUGUGUCAUUGCUCCCUGUGAUUCCAGACUCUUCCGGCACCUUGUAUUACCAGUGUAACACCCAGCCUUCCCACCCAUCACCCACCUUCUGCCUUGUUAACCUCAAAGCUUCUGACCCCUGAACCCACAGGGAACCAUGCUGACGCUCAGGCUGCAGCUCUCCAUGUGCAGCACAGCACUUUGCAGAAUCAAACCUCAGACUCCCAUAAUGCAUGUCUGGCAGCAAACCUGGACUCCAUCCUAUCAACUGUUCUGGAUUCACAGCAGCUGCUUUUACAAAAAAAAAUAAUGUAAAAACCUGUGCCGUCCCACUCAGGCCGAGCUCUUUGCGUUCCCUGUGUGUUCUCAUGUAAACACCCUUCCUCUGUGAGGCUGGAGGGAGCCUCUCUCCCUGCAGGACUUUGUAAAUUGCUGGAAAUAAAGGACUAUAUUAUUUCAUACCA